CUCACCUGUGAUUCUAGCAUACCCCUUGCCUAUUUGCCACACGCCACACACACAUUUACACGCACUGUUUAUAUAAAUACACCGCUCCUCUUAUCUCCCUUUCUCUUUGUAUCAUACCCACAACAGCUCCAUUUAUUCAGACCAAGGGGUUGCUUGUGUGGAUCUCCCAGAGAAAAAAAAGAUGAUGAACAGAUGUGUAUAUGUUGAUAACAGUGAAGGGUUUGGUUCUUCUGGGGAUUAUUUGAUGAUGACGAGAAAUGGUUCCAGUGGUGUUGUUUGUCCUAAGCCUAGGCGUGUUAGUCUCUUCAAUUUGUCGAGUUAUCAAGUGGAAAAUUGUGACUCAGGAGCUGGGUCAGAGCUUCUGGACUUGUUUCUCAACAAGGGAAGCUAUGGCGUUGAAAAUAGCAAUCAUCAGCUAGCUUCCUCGCCGCCGUUUUUCAUGGGAUCACCACCAAGUCGGGCAUCGAACCCAGUGGUCCAAGAUGUUCACUUUGGGAAUACCACGUCCGGUUCAUUUUCGCCAAUUUCUGAAACCUCACCAUCAUCCCAGCAUAAUAACGGGGGAUGUGCUCGAGCCAAAUUUGGGCAAAAGCCAGCUGCAGUUAGGAUCGAAGGUUUUAACUGUCGCGGAAACAACUGCAGCAUUUCUGUUGUAGCAUAGAAACAUAUAUCUAUUCAAGUAUCCCCAAAGGCAGGGUGAUAAAUCACUGAGGGGAGAUUUGCGGAAGAGAGGUACUAUGUUUAGUAUUGUGUACAUAUAAAGUAUCAAAUGUUAAAUCAUUUUACUCCAUUUUGUGGUAUAACAAACCAAAAGGGUAAAUUUCAGAUGUAACCUUUAGGUUUUGAAAGAAGGUUGAGUCUAAUUUAAAUAAUUGCGAAAGCUCUCUGUAGGUUAGAUUUUGGUCUAGGCAAAUGUUUGGAGCCUUUGGAGAGUUUUUGCUACUUGAGUUUGUUAUCAGUCUUGUCCUUUGUAAUUGUAAUUCAGGGCAAGGUGGAUACGCUUUUUCA